AUGAAUUCCGUUAUAAAUUCUACUUGCCAUUCUAAUGCCGGUUAUUUCGAUUCUCCCGAGUGUUUAUCAAUGGCUCUCCAUAUAAACACAAUUAUUUCUACACCGAUUCAUUUAUUCGGUUUCUAUUGUAUCCUUUGGAAAACUCCAGAGUCUAUGAAGUCAGCAAAGUGGUACAUAUUAAUUUUACACAUUUGGGUUGUAGCUUUUGAUUAUUCCAUCAGUAUUCUAACAAUUCCGUUUGUUUUGAUACCAGCCAUGGCAGGAUUCCCACUCGGAGUUUUACGAUACCUUGGUUUUUCUACAAUCAACCAAAUUAUACUGGGGUUUGGUUGCUUGGGAAGCAUGCUCGUCUCCGUAACUGUACUAUUCGAGAGUCGUGUGCACACGAUUUGCGAUUUUCCUGGAAGACAUCAUUGGACACGGUGGAGACAAGUUUGGGCUAUUAGUUUUCAUAUUUAUGGUUGGCUGUCAUUUUUAUCAUUCUCAUUAUUCGUACCCAAUCAGGAGACGGCAAAAGCAAACGUUUUUAAGACCCUACCCUGUCUCUCGCCAAAAAUAUACGAGUCUGACUUUUUUGUGUUGACCGAAAACAUCACUUAUCACUUGCUCAUAUUCAUCGCAUUUUUCCUUACCUUCGGUAUCAAAGUCAUUUCUCUUACAUUUGGACUUGUCUGGAAUACGCUACACCUAUUGAAGAGCCAACGAAUGUCCCAAAGAACCUACCAUCUUCAUAUCACAUUUUUACAAGCUCUCGGCCUCCAAGUAUCAAUUCCUUUAUUCAUGUUUGCCUUUCCUAUGAUUUAUAUCUUAGUAGCUAUUCUUACAAACUAUUAUAAUCAAACACUAAUCAAUAUCGGAGUAAUUGGAUUAUCCAUGCACGGAUUCUCUUCUUCUCUGGUUCUGGUUUAUGUACACCAUCCCUACCGUAUGGCGUUUCAAGAGUUGUUUAGACCUUCUCAUAACAGCUUUCAAAUAGCAUCACAACACUCGACUAAUUAUCGACAGGAUAACAUUCGAGGCCUCCACUUCCUUCACAAAUCCUUCCUUCGCUUACAUGGAAAGUUCCGUUCGGCCACUUGUCUUGUAAAUGACUCCUGGCAAGUGAAACUAGCAGAAUUUGGGUUGGAGUUUCUCCAGGACGAAGAGGAACGUCCAACUCAGAAACGUCUUCUCUGCGCGUCUCCAGAAGUGCUACGCGGUUCACUUACAGUAUCCCAAAUGGAUCCGAACGCCGAUGUGACUGAGAAACUAGUAUUUUUGUUUUUGACCCAUUUUUUGCAGGUUGAAUCUAUCGGUGACGGUAUUCUCUGUGUAUUCGGGUUGCCCAAUAGGAAUGGAGUAGAGCAUAUCAGCCUUUCCUCUUCAGGACCCUGCGUAGCUGGUGUGGUUGGCCUGUCAAAGCCACGUUACUGUCUGUUUGGGGAUACUGUAAACACUGCGUCGAGGAUGGAGUCAAAUGGAGAAGCGUCGUUAAUUCACAUGUCUGAAAUUGCUCAUUCUCUUUUAUCCGAUCAUUUUCUUUAUCAAUACGAGACCAAUUCCCGAGGAGAGGUUAUAAUUAAGGGAAAAGGAGUUAUGGAAACGUUUUGGUUGCUUGGACGGUUGAGCAUGAGCAAUCGAUCGACUCCACCUGUUGCAGAAGUCAAAAACAUGUGUAAAAAGCGUUCGAGCUUCCCGGAUCACGAAAAUAUCCGUUCUGUAAGCCCCUAUUCUGAAAUCGCUAGCGAUAGUGAGGAUGAGGAAAUGAGGAGGAUUAUGCGGCGAGAGAUGAUGAGAGUUGGUUGA